AUGUGCCAUCCCAGCCAUCCCCUUGCACCUCACCAUCAGCACGACCAUCAGCAGCAGCAGCAGCAGCAGCACCACGACAACCACAAGAACCACCAGCAGCAGCACCAUCAGCAUCAGCAGCAUCAGCAUCAGCAUCAGCAUCAGCAGCAGCAGCAGCAGCAGCAGCAGCAGGAGGACUGUACGUAUCCCCAAUCCUUAUUACCUCCUCAUCAGCAGCAACAACAGCAGCAGCAACAACAGCAGCAGCAACUACAGCAUGUCCAAAAAUAUCAACAAAAAUUCAUGCAGCAACAAAAAAUUCCUUUGCUGCUGCAGAUACAACUGCAGCAGCAGCAGCAGCAGCAGCAGCAGCGCAACAAACCAUUCAGAGGGAAACUAAAAGAUCUUAAGGCAGAGAGAAUUUGGUUCCAAGACUAA